UCUGCUGGCCGUUGCCCUUGGAGUCUAGCAGGCCUGCGUUCGCAUCGAUUUCGCGCUUUAACGCGCGCGAGGGGUGUGUGUGUGUGGAAACCUCAGAAAAGGGAGCUUCGUAAAAGAGAAAGAUUAAAUGCGGCACGUUUGCAGGGACGGCGGGCGGGCAAGACGAGAGCAGAUCCCCGAGCUUUGUAAAUCGCAAACCCUCGCGUCCAAACGUGCAGGAUAAGGGCCGGAUUCCGUCACUUUUGGUCCUCCGCCUAUUUUAAGUCCCAUGUCUCUGACCACUGAGCCUUUGUUUUCGUCAUCCUGUGUUUUGUUUUCCUCGGGGUGGAAAUUGGAAGGAAAUAACAACCUCUUUUUUUCUGCUAGAAAGGCCUUUAUGCCCUGAGAAGUGCAGGAACGAUGCUAGGUUUGAGAACUCUGUCUUAAGGAGCCAAGAGUGGUGGUGUUGUGUUGAAAAGUUUAUGCUCCCUCCCUGUUGAGUAUCAGCUGGCACUGUUACCUGGGAUGCAAACACUGAGGUCUCACAGCUCCAGGAAGGAAGAUGCUCCAGACCAGCAGCUAUAGCUUGGUGCUCACCUUGCAGUUCUUACUGCUAUUCUAUGACCUCUUUGUCAACUCUUUCUCAGAACUGCUGCGCAUGGCCCCUGUCAUCCAGCUUGUGCUGUUCAUCAUUCAGGAUAUUGCCAUCCUCUUCAAUGUUAUCAUCAUCUUCCUCAUGUUCUUCAAUACCUUCGUCUUCCAGGCUGGCCUUGUUAACCUUCUAUUCCACAAAUUUAAAGGAACUAUUGUCCUUUCAGCUGCGUACCUUGCUUUGAGCAUAUUCUUCCACAUCUGGGUCAUGAAUCUCCGCUGGAAAAAUUCCAACAACUUUGUGUGGACGGAUGGAUUGCAGGCCCUUUUUGUGUUCCAAAGACUGGUGGCUGUGCUCUACUACUAUUUCUAUAAGAGGACUGCUGUACACUUGGGAGACCCACGUUUCUACCAGGACUCUCUUUGGCUGCGAAAAGAGUUUGCUCAUGUCCAUAGCUAACUGAUGCUUCUUGGUUAUCCUCAACAGAGGUCAGGCUGCUAUGAUUUAACAGAAACUUUGUCAGUAUCUUGCAGCAAGUCUUUUCACCUCACAAUCUUCUAUAGACUGGUUCUAAAUUUUGUACGGUCUGUUGACUUCAUCCCAUUCCGAAUCACAACAGAGUAUUCUCUUCUGUGGACUCCUUGCUUGCUGCUACAGGCUUCUCAGUUUCAAAGCACUCCACAUUCCUCCUUUUGGAUAAGCGAACUUGCACUGUCUGCAACCUUACUGAGGAAUGAUCUGGUGCCAAAUGGAUUUGACUGAGAACUCUCAACACCAAGAAACAAUGCUGCAGUUUCCUUCUUGGGAAUGUUCCUUCAGCCCCCAUUCCCCUCCUCCUGACAAGAUCUCCUGCCUUCAUUGGAACUUCUGGGUGUUACCAGCCUAAGCAUAAUUGCUUAGAAAAAGAACUGUGGUCUCUACCUUAGCAAUGUUCCACCUGGGCCAAUUGACUUGCUAGAUUUCCCUUUUGAAUUUGUGGGAUUUUUUAAAAUAAAUUAUGAGAA